AUGGGCGAGGGCGGCUGCUUCCUGGAGACCGCAGGUGUGGAAGCGAGCGCCGCUCCUCGAGCCCCACGGGCUUCUGAAGCCAGCAGGAUGAAUGUAGGGGUGGCACACAGUGAAGUGAACCCCAACACUCGAGUGAUGAAUAGCCGGGGCAUCUGGCUGGCCUACAUCAUCUUGGUAGGACUGCUGCAUGUGGUUCUACUCAGCAUCCCCUUCUUCAGCAUUCCUGUUGUCUGGACCCUGACCAACGUCAUCCAUAACUUGGCUAUGUAUGUCUUCUUACAUACUGUGAAAGGGACACCCUUUGAGACCCCUGACCAAGGAAAGGCUCGGCUACUGACACACUGGGAACAGAUGGACUACGGGCUCCAAUUUACCUCUUCCCGCAAAUUCCUCAGCAUCUCUCCUAUUGUACUCUACCUCCUCACCAGCUUCUACACCAAGUAUGAUGCUGCUCACUUCCUCAUCAAUACAGCCUCAUUGCUCAGUGUACUGCUGCCUAAGUUACCCCAAUUCCAUGGGGUUCGUCUCUUUGGCAUCAACAAAUACUGAAGGAUGGGGCUGGGGAUGACACUGGACCAAAGGGCUGUAACAUCCUUUCCUUCUCCAUACUGUCUUCUGUAUCUUGAAAGCCUGAGAACUAUACCACCUUUCCCAAACUCCCAGGAAGAGAACAGAUAGGAAAAUGGGCCUCCUUGGGCCCAGCCCUGCUAACAGCAGGUUUCUUUAAAUCAGGAAAGGUGGGAAAGAUAAGGGCCAAAUCACUCUUUUUUCCACAGAAGGAAGCCAAGUUUGGGCAGCUUGUUUGGUGAUUUAAGUUUUUCUAGAUCUUCCACUCCC